AUGAGUUCUCAGAAACUGGGUUCGUUUCUAAGUUUCGAAGAUCUAGCUAUUUUCUCUUUUUCCAGCUAUAAUUUCUGUGUCGGACAAGACGGACCUGAUUCCAUUGGCUCGAGGACUUGUCGAUGUUGGUCUGGAUCUUGUGGCUUCGGGUGGAACUGCUGCGGCUAUCCGAGACGAAGGACUUCCCGUAAGGUACAUUCUAACUGGAAAAAUUUACAAAAAAAUAAAAAAAGAAAAAAAGUAUUCGCGUGUUCACACAAAUCGGAACUAGUCUAAAAAAAUUCGCUACUUUUUGAAAAUAACAUUUUGAAACUUUUCGUUGCGAUUUUUGCGCAGAUAUGAACUUAAAGUGACCAUUUUACAAUAAGAAAGAAAUGUUUUAAAAAAUUUAAAUUAUUCUUCGAAAAGUUUUCGAUGGCGCGCACUUUCAGUGAGAAGCGAUUAAAAAAAAAGGAAUUUAUUUCGUGAAUUUUCAUAUUUUUUCGUUGUUUCCAACUCGUUCUGCAGUAUACAUUGCUGUGGACGGUUUUUUCUCAUAAAUCUGUGAAUAAAAAAUGUUUUUCUUAUGAAAUACAAUGUGUACAUAAUCUUUCACUAAGGGAUUUUUUGUUUGUAAAUUAUUUCGUUUUUUUGUCCUUAUAUUUCAAACCUUCAUUCAGAGAUGUCUCUGACAUCACCAAGUUUCCGGAAAUGUUGGCCGGUCGGGUGAAAACUUUACAUCCAGCCGUCCACGCCGGUAUUCUGGCGCGGCAAUCUCCUGACGACGUCAAUGAACUUGAGGUUUGGCUUUAAAAAAAAAAGGUUUUGUUUCAAAAAUCCAGGUUGAAAUGUUAAAAACAUAUAAUAAUGCAUGUAAAUUACCAAUAUAAAGUAGCAAUGCGCUGGUUUGCUGCUGAAUCUUUCAAUAAAUUGGGCCUGCUCCAAGGCUGUUUGAAUCGACUUUAUAUCAGUAAUCUUGACAGAGAAUUUUAAUAAAAGCUGACUUUUGGCGUGUGUCCAAAAAAACUAAUUAAUCUGGGUGAACGGCUUCGAAAAAUAGCUUCCUCUGCACUUCCCGUGCCUUGUCGGGGACAAGUCGAGCGAAAGACGUCGAGGCUUAUAAAAUAAAUGUUUAGAAGGGCAGGGAAACAUCGAAAAGAACUUCCGCGUUCGUUUCCUCAAGUCUGUAUUUCCAGAGCCACGGAUUCUCGUUGGUCUCCGUUGUCGUGUGCAACUUGUACCCAUUCCGUCAGGCUACCAAAAAUAAGGACUGUUCUUUGACCGACGCCAUCGAGAAUAUUGACAUCGGUCAGUUUGUUUUUUGGUUCUUUAAAGGAUGCUUUGUAAUUUUUUCAAAUCUAGAAAUGACCACUUAAGGGAAGAAAAACCAUAAAAAUAUCUGCAUUUUCAAAAUUAAGGUUUUUUGAACUUCAUCGAUAUUUUUGGAUCUAUUUUAAUUUGAUCAGGAAAACGAGUUGAAAUCAAUUUUUUUAACAUUUAUUAUUACUGAGAAUUCGCAAGCUUUGUUCUCUGACUGAAACUAGAUUUUAUAUUAUUAUAAAGGCUUUCAAAAAUCAUUGAAUUACUUUUUUUUUUCUCCCGCCGGUCUAUCUAUAGCGUUCUCUGAUUCUUAUUUUUUUCUGUUGCGCAGCCGAAAAAGUAAUCAAAGAUAGCAGUUUUUAAACGUCGACCAAUUUUUCUCAAUUAUUUUCAUAAUUUCAUAUCAGACGGUUUUUGGUCGGUAGAACUUGAACUUCAAAAAAGUUUAAAAUAUAUAAUUUUGAAAUUUUUUCUACUUCCGCUUUCAAGUAGAAAAGAAUUGGUUCGAAGCUCGAAACGAUUUAUGACUGGAAAUUUCUAAUGUUUGGGUUUUUAUGAGGGAUUAGUGUGGCUGUGACCGACGGAAAAGUUCCUUUUUUUCCCAAGAUUUUCAAUAAACUUAGUCUUUGUUCUCCUCGAAGCAUGUUUUUUCUUCUCUUUGAAUAUUUCGAGGAUGAUUGGCUUGAAAUUUCUCAUCAUGGAAGUUAAGUUGGGAAAGUGUCUGCGGAAGUUGAGGCCAGAACGCCUUAGGCAAUUGAGAAAGUUUAUUUAUUUUUCACUUUUUGAAAGAACGUCUGGACUGAUUUUGGAUAGGGCUCUGUCGACUUUUGGUCGGGAUGAUGUUUUUAUAAAGAUUUUUAGGUCGUUUAUAAAGGUUUUUUAGGUCUCGGAGCUAGGUUUUCAACUUUAAAAUGAAGUGUACGAUAUAUUGGAUUUUUCCGCGAAAAUGGGCUGAAAACAAGUGAUUGAAACGGAGCUUUAACAGGAGAAUUUUCACGUUUUUUUUUUCUUUCACUGAUUAUUUUAUGAAUCUAUUAUAGUAUGUGAGGUUUAACUGGACACGUGAAAUGGCCUUUGGACUCUGUAAAGACUACUUUUUUCUCUAUAAGGAUCCUUUAAACUUUUCUGUGAGCCCAAUUUUGAUUGGAAAUUCGAAGGCCGCGGCUUUGAAACUCAUUGAAAUGCAUCAGAUCAACUCAAAACGGGAAAAUACCCUCCAAAGCUUCUUAAAGGACGAUUGCAAUUAAAUAGGCAAGAUUGAAGGCGGGUGUCAGACUUGCAGGAGGCGUCACUUUGCUCCGAGCGGCGGCCAAGAAUUUCUCUCGGGUGACCGUUGUCUGCGACCCCAUCGACUACCUCAAAGUCGUCGAGCAGGUUAUUUUUGCCUCAUUGUUCAUAAUGAUUAAUUUCAUUCACACUCAGUGAAAAUUCGGUAAAUGAAAGAUGAAACGGAAAGUUCACUUUGAGGUACCAUAACUAGACUAGAACAACAAGGGCGCACUUUUUUCUAACUUUUUUGAGAUCAGGGUGCCCUAAAACACCUACUUACUAAGUUUCAUAAGUUUCUCAACACACUACCUUUGUAUUUUCUGUGUGAGGUGAGCGAAAAAUGAAACCCGACUAUUAUUUUCUUAUUUGUGAAGAAUUCAAAUUAUUGGGUUCCCUACUCAAAAAAAUGUGGAAUUUUUUUAGGAAUUCAGAAAAAAAUUGGAGUUGAGCUAAAAAUAAAUUUCUUGCAUUAAUUGAAAAAAAUGCAUUUGAUUGGAAAAAUUGGCUUCACAUUGAACAGAAAUUUUUCAAAAUCCUUUUCUUUCAGUCUUUUUAAACCGUACUGUUUUCUGAAAUAAAAAAACGAAAAAGUUGAAAAAAAGAAAUGAGCCGAAAAACUUUUUGUGACACUUUUUCUUAAAUUUUAACGUUGUAACCUUAACUUUUUUUAAAAAGUUUUUUUCAACUCUUAAACUUUUUUUAACAAAGUUAUUGUUUUGAAAAAAAAAACUACGUUGCCUUCAAAUUUUAUUAGCCCUCUCAAUAUGAACAAAUAGAGUUUACUUAGGGGUUCAAAAAAAUAAUAACAUUCAUUUUUGGACAACUUGUAAAAAUAUUCAUAGAGAGUACCGCAAAACAUGGAAAAGCUCAAGAUGAAGCUUCUGACCAAGUUUUCCUCCAUUGAUAUUAAUUUUUCAAUGCUCUUGCUUUCCGUCUUGUCUGUCCAACUUUCUGUUUUCUCGGAUAAUUCACUUUGCACCACACUACCCAAAUCCACUUUUUCGACCCAAACGACUCGCAUUCCCGAACUAGUUGCUUCCUCAUUUGGGCACACGUUUGUCCAAAACAAAAAAAAGAAAUAGAAAAUAAAGUUGUCAGAAAAAGAGUUAAAUUGGAGAAAUCCAAUUUGGCUGAUCUCAUUGAGCGCAGAUAGAGAGAGAGACCAAUGAAAAACCAGGGAGGUAAUUUUGGUGUGAAAUUUGGAUUUUCUGUAAAUUUGGUUCAACAAUCUAAGGGGGUAGUUUUCUACGAAAUGUUUUAUUUUUAGAGUUACAAUUUUUUCAGCGCAGUAUUUGUUUUGUACUCUGAAAAUUCAUAAGUUCAAAAAUUAAAAUUUGAGCAUGUUGUGAGUAAGAAAAAAAUAUUAAAUUAUCAUAUUUUUCUUUAGAGAGUGUUCGAGAAUAUUUUCUGAAAGUUUCGAUCUUCUCUGUUAAGUUUCCUUCCUUGUCAAAGGAGUAGUAAGGUAACGAGUAUAAGUAUUUUUCAAAAAAAUAGUUCAUAUAAAACUUUUUUUCAUGUUUUACAUCGAGGUUAUUGGAAAUUUCGCUGAAAAUUCAUUUCCUAGAUGUUAGAACUUCACAGAUUAUUUAAUGUAGUCCCACAAGGAAAUUAUUUAUAGCUGAUUACUUCAAUGUCUUUGAUUUUUAUUGAACUUUCUAAAAACUCAAGAGAAAGGGCUCAGAGUUUAUCUAACUGAAGGCUUUUGUCAUAUCUGAAAUGAAUUUCCGAAAUCCGGUCAACUUCAUUCACGACGACAAGUUUUUUUGGCCGCAUGCAGAAUGGAUUCUAGCCUUGCGGUUGCGACUCAGUUUAUAGGUUUUUACACUCGAACUUUACACAAAAACUCCUAGGUAGUAUUAGACUUGUAACCACGAGACUUUCAUUCAUUGCCAGUGCGGCGAACGCGUUUCUGAUCGGGUUUAGUUGACUAUAGUGUAGGCUUCUUUUAAAAAAGUGAUAGGAACCUUUUUUUCGAACUCGCUACCCUCAAAAUUUAGAACUCUUGACUUAUUUUCUAGAACUUUCAGCGUUCCGUUCACAUAUCCACUUACCAUAACCUAAAUCUAGAAAAAAAGAGAAAAGAGUGAUUCUCAAGGCAGUUUGAAGGGUUUUCGUUUAUGAAAUGAAAACACGAACAAAAGAGAUUGACAGGAAUCCUCAGAGGAAUUUGAGAAUUCCGCCUUUUUUCGUGUUUUCUAUCAACUCGUCAUGCAUCUUCCCUCCGAAAAAAAAAUGUAUAAAGGGUGACUGACAAAACUUUUGUUUCAUUUUUGUUCUUUAUUUCUUUGAGAUCUCCGAAAAAUUUCCAUUGUAUUUCUUUUAAGAAUUGAUAUUUUUCAGCUGAAAUCCGGCGGUACCAGCGACGAGUAUCGUCAGAUUCUGGCUUUGAAGGUUCGUUCGAAAGAAAAAAAGUUCUAAUUUCUAAGCUAUUGGGAAAAAUUGAGUUCAAAAUGGAGUAAAUGGUAUUCGAUGAUUGAAACAGCUGUGAAAAGGGAAAAGUUUAACAGAAAAUGGAUCGAAAUUCUAAUGAACUUUUCAAAGUUAACGGCGUGAUUUAGAGGAUGAUGUUAAUGAAAAAGGGAAGGAUUGAAAGAUAAAAUCGGCUUUAGAACAUGGAGUUGAGAAUUAUCGAUGAUUAUCAAAUAGAAAAGAAGAUGGAAAUGAAGGAGAGCUCAAGGAAAAGUUUUUAUUUUAAUCAUUUAAUUUGAAAAUUCUCGAUGUUUUUGAUUUUUAAUUAGCAAGGAUUAGCUGGAGAAAUUUUUGAAAAAAAUUGUACGUAAAAAUUUCCUGGUAUUCAAUUUCUCAGUGGCUAUAAGGGAGCAGACCUUGGAACAUGAUAAAAAUGUUCUAAAAUGGAAAAAUUUUGCGAUUUUGGAGUACUUUUGGGUCUUGGGCUGGGAACUAAAUAAAACGGAAGAUCUCAAAAACCACGUUUUAUUUUCCAGUUUAUGGCUCUUGUUCUACCGCUAGACCUUGAGCAAAUUCGCCUCUAUGUUUUAAGAUAACGCAAAGCUCAAGUAGUUUUUGGUCGGACACAUUAAAAAAUAAAGUGCCAAUCUGAACCGUGUCAGUUCGAUGUAACAGCUUCACGAUUAUUUUUUGACAAUACCCAUGUAAAAAAAAAUUCAAAAACUGGUGAUAUUCUGUGGAUCGGAAACUAUUGCUUCUACUCCAUAGUUUUUCGUAGAUCUUUCUAAAAUUCGAUUUACCUGCAAAUUACCUUCUGAGGAAGUUUCCCCUUUGUAAUUCCCCUUGGCAAGCCUAAUUCUUUUUUUUUUUUGGUCUGUUCUCGCAACUGAUGCAAUCGUGACGAAAACGAGGCGAAAUUGAACUGCCAAUUGAAGGUUUUUUUUUUGCUGGCCGUCCAUAGUUUUUUGCUGGAAUUGGCGAGGAUCCGACUGGGAUACAAGAUGGGUUGUAAAAGGCCUCGUCGUUUGGAAACUUUUCCUACUCCAACAAUUUCCCCUCCUUUUUUCUGUUCAACCUUGUUCCGUUGAAGCCAUGUGAUUCGUUUUUUGGAGUUUGUGUCGAGAUGGUUACUGGAUUCUUGUAGUUAGGAUGAUAAUGAGAUAGUUUUGGUGAUCUUCGUCUUUUUGCAAAGCUUUUUAGUAUUUUUCCUUUUUGAUUAGAUCAAAUUUAUUUUUAAUCUAGGAGCAAGGCAAAAAAAUAUCUCAUAAAAUACGAGUUUUUUUCUACGAAAAAAAUCGGAUUCCUCCACCAAUAGGCUUUGGCGUUAGAAAAAAAGGGUCUUCAUAAUUUUUUUGGUAUUUUUCUUUUUUAUGAAAAGAAAGCGACUUGAUGAGACUUUUCGUCUAAUAUCCAACUUCAUGAAGAUGAAGAGUCUUUUGAAUAAUUAAUUUUUUUAGAAGCUCGUUUUUGACGGCUCGUCCUCUGUUCGAUUUUCAGGUCUUCAGCGUAAAAUCCUAAGUUGAUUUACUUAAAAUAUUCUGUUCUUAUCAUCAACUAACAUUGAAUGCCGGUGAAUGUAUAUAUUUUUUCCCUAUUCACUCCGUUUCGGUACCAAAUCACCUCAUGAAGGCUGUAAAUGUCAUUUUUCAAAACCUCUGGAUCUUUCCGUGCAAAGUUUUCUGGGUUCACAGUUCUUUAGAGAAAGACUUUUUUGUUUUAAAGCGCCUUUGGGAGCUUUUUGACGUAGUAUUAUGAAAUAAUAAAAUUUUUAAAAACCAGGAUCUUGUAAUAGUAUUUUCUGCUUCUUCAGAAGCUCCAGAAGCUUCCGGCUUUCCUUUAAGCCGGUACUUUUGUGAGAGAUUUUUCGGUUUCUUCGAAUGGUUGAGUGAGAUCUGAGGAAUAUCCUCAUUUUCGAACUAAGAAAUUCGAUAAGUUCUGUGGAAAAACCGGCGUUCCCAAGAUGAGCAACAAAGGGCCAUAAGAAGGCGUCGACGGAAGUGGGUCUAAGCAAAUUACGGAUGUCCCACGGAUGAGUUUGUUUGGGUAUAUGUGUGACGCCGUUGAGCAAACGGCCGGCCAGCGAGAUGGAUACUCAGGCGCGAAAAAAUUUCAAUUUUCUUUCCGCCGUUUCCUCGAGCCAGUUUGAGUCGUUGGAAGCCGCUCCCGAAGCGACGGCAGUUGGUCAGAGAGAAAAUCCCAACUGAUUUUACUUUUUUAUGGUUUAAUUGCCGAGGCUUUGAUGUUGUUAGCCGAGGAGAUUUAGUCGCCAAUUUUUUUUCUUCACAAUUUUGGAAGGUCAAAAUUUUCAGAGUAUUUUUCAGCUUUCAUAAGCACUUAUAAAUUUCGAUCCACCUAAAUUUCACCUGAUCUUUUCUUUGCAAGACUUUUUCAUAAUGAGAGCUGGGUUACUGGCCGAAGCACAAAAAAAUGAGAAAAAAAAUUUCGGAAGCUCGAGGUGUCAUUUUUGUAGAUGCUUAUUUCUAAUUUGCUGGUUUUCGAGAGGCCUGCUGGCCCUUUUUGAUUCAUUCUGCCUACUCAAGGCGUAUAACUUGUGAAUUUUCCAAUUUUCGGAUCUAAUUGCUAUCUGAAAGUUUGGAUUGGAUUAUUUUUAAAAAAUAAUCAUUUUCACUACUAAAAGUUUUUUAAGCAUUAUUAAGUAACAGUAUUAAGGGACCAUUAAAACUGGAAUUUGUUUCGAAAGUGUAUUCAGCAGUAAUGAAAUAAGUAGGAAAUUUCCAUCAAAAAUUGUUCGAAUGAAAAUUGAGUCGAGUCUAGUUGAAUAAUUAUUUUUUUUCAAAAUUUCACCCAACCCGUCCUUUUCUCUCCCACGAACAAAUUUUUAUUCUUUUCAACUAGAUUUUCCCCGAAAGACGUUCACUUUGUUCCUUCCGACCAAAUGAAAUCUUCUCAGCUUUCGGGUUUCUCCGAACUAACGCGAAGACCUGAAACUCCGAAAUAUCUUCAAAAUGUUCUUGCCGUAUGAUUAUUCCUCGUUCACUCAUCUCAGACCCGAAAAUUGUCGUCGUUCCUGAGCGAAUUCGCUCUUCCCACAGGGAUUGCUGCGGAAAGUGCUGAUGGAAGUGCGGCGGCGGCACAAGACUUUAUCUAAGAGUUAGGUCGUCCCCGUGUUCUCUGCGAAAAGCGGGCCGUUAGUAGACCUGAAGCUAUUUUUUCCAGUUUGACAAGGUUCAGGAUUUUUUCGUCCUCUAUAUGAGUCCCGUUGGGUUCAACUUUUAUAUUUCUGUCCAACAUUGGAAAAAAGGAGAACAAAAGUCAAAUAUUAAAAAAUUAUGGUUCGAUUGUUUAACUCAAAAAUUAAAAAUAACGACAAAAAAGCGAAAAGUCGAAGCUCAACCUUUUUUUUAAAUAUCUUUUUACUAGCCCUAUUAGAAAUUUUUUUAAUCCUUCAAUCUUUUUCAUAGAGUAUUCCAUGUCCUUACGUUCAACUUUCCAUGUUCCACCACCAAAUAUUUUCUCGAAGACAGAUAAUUUUUCAACAUUUUUCGAUUGAAAACUCUUUUAGAUCAUUCGUCAGGACUUGAAAUGGUCUGGCGAGUCUGAGCUCUAUUUUUCUCUCACCAGCAGAAUUUUCUUCUGUUGAAAACAUCGACGAUGAGAGAAAAAAGGGAGUAGACAAGUCAGACUUUUUUCGAGUCGUAGUGAAUGUUGUAUAACUAGGAAAAUGGAGAAAGUAUUUUACAAAAGAAAAAAAAAUUGAUUAUAAAGAUAAUUUGACGAAACAAAAUUUCAUGUUUUUUUCUCUCAUUAAAGUUUCAAAAAACGGACUCCAAGGGCUUUUUCGUUCAAAAAGUGUCACAGUAAUGGCUUUAAGACUAUCUCAUUUCAUGGAAAAAAUUCGCAGAUUUUUUUCUCAGUAAAUUCAACUCAUUAUUAUUGAGCGCAGUGUAUGACGGUACUUCAAGAAUUUUUUUUACAUGAAACAAUUUUAUUUUAUUCCAGUGACGAUGAAUGUUUGUAGUUUGAUAUUUAGAAAGAUAGAAAGUAUCAAAAUCGAAACAUUUCCGUUGGAAAAACCCAUUGACGGCUCAACAUUCACGGACCGUUAAAUUUCACGACCUCUGGUCUAGAAAUAUCCUACUUCCGUCUUAAAGUGCGACUAUGGAGUUCUUGACCUCCCGAUUCUCUUUCCGGAUACUGUGACAUUAACCUAGGCCCCAAAUUUUUCAGUGAACCCAUUUCCGGCGGAAAAUGUUGAACGCGCUUCAAUACCUCCAAUUUUAUGCUCCAACUGACUUUUUGCUUUUUCGUUGUUAUUUUUCAUUUUUGAGCAAAACAGCCGAACCAGCAUUUUUCAAUUUAAAACUUUUAUUCUUUCUUGUUUUCCGUGUUCGUCGAGGAGCAUAAAAGUUGAAGAGAAAUUUUCUGGUCUGGUUUUUUGAAGUUUCUCAUGUAGUUCCUUUAAGGAAGGUUCGUAGGAAGAGGACUUUGACAUUUUCCGAGCUUCAGAGACUUCUUGAACUUAAGCUUUUCAAUGAAAAUUCAAAAAGAUCAUUUUUAUCAUUCCUUUUUUCUUGAUCCCUUUCUUCCUAUUGGUUUAUUUAUAAGCCAUAAGAGAGUUUUGAAAAGCAGUGGGUCAAAAGUUGCAAAUUUUGAGUGCCACUCUUCCAAGACUUUGAACUUAGAAUUGACUCUAAACUUCUCCUUCUUUUUUUUCCAAAUUUCCAUUCGUUUUUUUAAAUUUUUUACGUAAGUCAAAUUGCCCGUUAAUUUUUAAGAAAAGUGGCCAAUAUUAUCCAGCUUUUAAAACCUAGGUUUUUCAUUUUGACUAGAAAAUUUUUUUUUAUUUUUGAAAUUAGUCUUUUUGCUAUCUGUACAUCUAUUGCAUUAUAAUUAAUAGAAUAAAUUUAUAAAAAAUUUAAAUAAAGAUGGGCGAGUUUCAAGAGACCAUAUUCCAAGCUCUUCAGUCCCGUUGAUUCAUUUUUUUAAUUUUUUUAAGAAAUUACAAAUUUUUCAAAAAAAUCUCUGAUUUUUCGAUCAAGUUCACCUUGACUCCUUGUUGUACUUCUCCACGGUGUAUCUGUUGUUAAUUUCGUACUUUUAUUGUGAUCUCAAUUUUUCAUCGUGCGUUCAAAUAUCGCCAUGAGGUUAUAAGCUUGAAGGAGUGCUUGGUGAGUCGAAGUACCGUCGUUAAACGUAGUCGCGAAUCGCUGUUGGCGUGGCCGCGAUGUCGCGGAUCUCUUCGAUGGCGUACAAGCGGACGCAGCCGCAGACGUCGUCGAUCAGCGACGAGUCGCGUCACCGGUCGCAGAGCAACUCGCGACUCUUCGAUCGCAUCUACGGGCGACUUCAGCGCGUUCCCAAGGUCUGCGACCCACGGAAGUUCAUCCAAUUUCGUCUGAGAGGCCCUCCCGAUGGUCUCACUACUUCAGAAAAGAACUUGACUUCCGAUCAUCUAGAGUUCUUUUUUUUGGGUUGAGCUUUCCAACAAGGAAGUCCUCGUAAAUCUGUCUUCUAGCAAGGGUGGUCCUUUUAGUGGGAAGCUUGAAAUUUUUCGUGAUUUUCUUGAAUACUUUUCCUCAAAGUCUGUAAGAACAUACUUUGUAGCCGUUACCUGUGUAAGUAUCGACUAUGAGGAAUCCUCAUUUAAAAGUUCGGAAAAAUGCUUGAGAAAAUCCGAAGAAAAAUUCAAGUUCCAUGCAAAAAAUCAUCAGCCUUGUGAAUAUUUAAAGAUUUUGUAUUUCAAGAAAAUAAAUAAAUCGUCGUCAAUCUGUCAUGUAAACUUUGCUUCUUUUUUUAAAAAAAUUGAAACUAACUUUCUUUUUUUCAAUUUUCAAUUUUUUUAAGAAACUUGGUGAGUUUUUUUCAAGUUUUCGUGAUAUUGAUCUUGUUGUCAUUGUUCGAAAUUUCAAAAAAGUUCAAUUCUUGUUUUUUUGAAAAAUCCUAUUUCGUACCGGCUUUUCUGAACUUUUUCCCUAGAAACAGUCAAAAUUAAAAAUUUUCUUGAAAAAAAUUUUUGAUUUCUGUUCUGCGCAAAGAAGUUUGAAGGGCAAUGUUUAAAUGGGUACUUGAUUAUUCUAUUUUGAUUCAGUUUUAUUUUCAUCCAAUGAAACAUUGAAAGUUAUAAACUAUAAUGAGAUAAAAUGAACAAGUUGAAUAAGCGUUAGAAGAUGAACUUUUCAGGCAGAGUAGGAUUUAGCCAACCUUUUCCCGAGAAAAAGUUUCCGGCGAUUCUUCUAAUUUUGUUCUGUUUCUGUUUCCUCCAGAGUAUUGCGAAUGUGUUACUUUUUCACUUUCCUUUCUGACUGAGUGAAACGUCAAAAAAAGAAUCUCUCCGAACAUAUAUCACAUAGACUUUAUGUUUUUCGAGGCGUUCUCAAUGAAAAAUGCCUCUGAAAACUGACUCUUCAAAAAGAAGGUUCCCGAUUAAUCUUGGUCCGACCGAAACGAAAAAAAAGCACACGCUUCAACUUUUUUUCAUUUCCAGUUGGUUGGAGUUGCCGGAUGUUCGGGGUCGACGAGUUUUUUUUUUUUUGGGUUCCAUUUUUGCCCUUGGUCUGUGUCAUAAACAGAAACGUCAAUCAAAGACCAGGGCAUCAAACAUUGUUAUUCAUUUUUGGGACUCGGGCUUGUGCGAGGGCCGGCCCGUCAAAGCCCGACACAGCCCGCUCUUUACGAGGCCUCAAGCAAGAAAGACCGGCCGAGUCCAACGAGGGCAAAGUUCCUUCAAGAAAAAUGCCAGACUUUUUUUAACGACAAACAUCACGCUUUUGAUUCAUUUUUAACUUGUAAUUCAACGAAAACUACGCUUGAACAAGUAAAAUUUUUUUAGUGAAUGAAUUGAGGGGGGUUUGACGCAGUCUGAAAAUUUUAUUCAAAGCCUAGCCCGAUCAAGCUUCCACGCAAAAAAAAAAAAAUGAGACCUAGUACACGGGUCGUCCCGGCCCAGGUCGCACAAACCUGCUUUGAGAAAGUUGAUUGUAGAGAGGGAUAAUUCAGUUUUCAUAAUCAAAAAUUGAUGGCAAGGGACGAGAAAAAGUAGAUAAAGAACGUUUUUUCCCUAUUUUUAGUCGUUUUAGGCGUUCGAGCACACUUCUUCCUACGACGAAUCCAUCUCGGGCUUCAUGCGACGGAGAUUUGCCGGCAGCGGAGAAAGAUCGCUUCCUCUGCGCUAUGGUACGUUGCAAAUCAAGGAAAAGACUAUCAUCAGUUUCUGAUACAGAAACUUGGAAAGGGAAAGUCAAAAUAUUACACUAAUUUUUUUUGUCCCUCUCCAAUAGGAAUCAGAGAAAAAGGAGUUUCAUCAUACGGGUCCGACUAAAAAUAAUUCUAUUGGUUCAUUUCAUUAAACUCAUUCCGUUUCUACCAAGCUGUCUAUCGAAUCUGUCUUACCAUUUUGGUUUGAUAGGUUAGAUUGAUAACAACAAGAAACAAGCUCUUUGAAAAAGGAUAACUCGAAAUUAAUCUGAAAGACUGAGACACCCAAAAUGAUAUUUUGGACUUUUUCGGAAGGGUACUGUAUUCCGAGCAGCUGAAAGCCGUUAUGUAGAAUGGAAUUUGGUAUCAUCUUUUCAAAAAAAAAGUUUUUUUGCGGGCAAAAGGAAGGGAAUGCUUUAAAUGACCCGAAAAAAAGAAAGAAAAAAGGCUCUUUACCUCGAAAAAGAAUUUCAUUGUGCUUUUAAAAGAAGUGACUCAAAUAAAGUUCCAAUACGAAGAACAUGUUUCCUUUUUGGGUGUGAAUUUUCCAGGAAAUAUAUAAGGGACGGUCAAGGAAAAGGUACAAGUAACAAUAAACUUGAAAAAUUUUCAUCAGCUAUAUUUUUAAAAAUAUUUUUCCUAUUCAAGUUACUUUUUCAAACACCGAAUGCUUUUUUUACUUUUUUUAAAUUUCGAGUCAUAUUUCGUUUCUCUCAUUGAACGCGCCCAAUAAGAAAUUCAAACUCACACGUUUUUAUGGAAUUUACUUUGCCAUCUGAACCAUUAUUUCCAUAUUUCAUAAGCUUUUUGGGAAGUUUUCAAUGGUAUCAUGGCUCUGGGGAAAUUUUCAAGAAAAGGGAAACGUAUCGAAAUUUUUUUGCCUUUCUUUCAUUACUCCAGCUGACAAGUAGAAGCUGAGAAGUCGAAAAGCCGGCAAAAAAAAUCUUCCAACGUGUCAUAAGGGCAAGACAACGAUACCCGAGGGAAUCGACGUCAAUUUUUGUUUCCGAGAAAGGCCUUUUGCACUAAAUCCGUCUUGUUUUUUACCUGAAUUGCUAGUAGAACAUUGGUUGCUGAAUCUUGUAACCGGCUUCGAAGAGGUAAACCGAAAGAACCUUUCGUUUUUCCCUGUUUUUGUCUUGACUUUAUUCAUAGGAAAAAUCAGAAAUUAUGUUUAGAAAAGGGGAAAAUUAGCUGAUAAACCUGAAAUAUCUUGAUCUCCAGUGCAGAACUUUUUUUUAUUAGUUUUCAAAAUUAUAUUUAUGAGCACCUCGAGUAAAACUUGAAUAUUAAUUAUUUCCAUCGGAUUGCUUGAAUUUUCAAGAUUUGAAACAUCAUUUCACUGCAGGAAAAUGACUCAAAACGUCGUAGUUUUUUUGUAUUUUAUAAAAAAAUUUCAGAACAGGUAAAAAAAUUUUUAAUAAUUUUUUUGAGAUUACUCUCGUUAAAUAGGAGUUUUUCUGUAUAAUUUCCAACUCCUAUCUUUUUCCAGCAGAGCUUUUUUUCAUUUCAGGAACGAAUCCCCACCAAAAGGAUGAUGCUGAAGUUUUCAUGGUCGAGGAUGAGAUGCCGAUAAAAGGUUCACUAAAACUCCAAAGUUAUGACCUUUUUUGAUGUAUAAAGAUCGGUAGAAAAUUCAAAAAGUCACCGUGAAAAUUUUUCUCAAUUUUUCAAUUAAGAAUGUUUGAAACGGGUUUUUUUUUCCAAGGAAGACUAUACGUAAAAAAAAAGGUCAUAGCAUUGUUUUAGUCAAAUAUAUUUAGAAAUGACCGCUAGAACUUUUUUUUCCAAAGUAAUUUCAGCUCAAAAUAGCUAUUUCGCUGACCCAAUACCUCCUAAGCCUUGUUUUGGAAUGUAUAGAAGGCGAAAAACUUCGCUAGACUUGCCAAUUUUUUGUUGAUCUUUGAUAUUGUCGUCAAAAAUUCAUAGCGUUCAUCCACUUGUUUGGUGGUCUUCGGAUCUUUUGUUACUUUUUUUGGUCGUCCCUGACUUUUUUGUCCAUUCCCUCAGAGUUUGAGCAAUUCCGAGCUGAAGUGAUUUGGAAUAUGACUGCUUCGGAUUCGCUUGAGCGUAAGAUUUAUUAUGAUUUUUUGAACAUGAUUGAACAUUUGAUGUGAGUGAUUUAUAGAGUAGAAAACUAUUUUCAAUUGAUUUUGAAACAGAAAUGAUUCAGUUUUGAACGGUUCUCCGGGGUACAUCAACAUUUUGGACGGCCUCAACGGCUGGCAACUCGUCAAAGAACUGUCCGAAGCGACCGGGUUACCUGCCGCUGCUUCGUUCAAGCAUGUGUCGCCUGCAGGUACUCGGAGUUCCCUGGAGUGGUCACUUGAAAAACGAUAGGAUUUUUUGGGAUAAUAAGACAACAGGACCGAGUAUACAGGUCCUUUGAGGACGAUUACUUUAACCUUUUUUGAAGUUUUGGAAAGUCAUUAGAUGAGUAGUUCAGUUUUUCUAUAUGUUAGAACAGAGGUCUUUUUUUAUUAUUGUUAUAUUACGGUGGUUCCAAGUUAUCUGUGUGAAUUAAAAUUCUAAAUUUUGGAAAGUUCACUUCUAAGCCCUAGAAUUCUUUCAAGCCAAAUUUUGACUUAUAGUUUAAAAAUUUCCUAUUGAAAGCAAGUUUCCGAAUAACAAUGAAAACUAUGAACCAGAAAAACAUUUUUUAUUUUUUUGCAUGAAUUUUAGAUUUUUCAAAGCUCAUAGCCAAAUCCUUCAUUUUACUAAAAAAAAUUUUUCUAUAAGAAGGUUUUUAGUUUGAUCAAAUACUUUUUCAGUCAGUUGUGAUAAAAAUAAACAAGAAAAAUAAACAUGAUUUGAGAGAUACAAAAAAAGGCAAAGGAAUAUGAUUUCCAGGUGCGGCGGUUGGAGUACCGUUGAACGAGGCCGAAGCGGCUUCCUGCAUGGUCUCCGACCUUCCACUCGACCACAGGAAACCUUCCCUCGCCGCCGCCUAUGCUCGGGCUCGAGGUAAAAAACUGAAAUCCGCGUAGAUUCAACUCGAAUAUUUUACGGAGUAAAAGAACUUGUCGUUCAAGACCUUGUCUUUAUGAAUAAUGAAUCUCUAUUUUUCCAGAUUUCUCUAAACUAAAAAAACCUAAUUUUAGCGACUUCCAACUGGUUCUUGAGAAACGGUUUUUUACCUACGAUAAUAAAACUUUCUUCAGAGUUUAUAAUUCAUUUUUUAAAACUUUAACGAUGAAACUUAAGAUUUAGAUAGAUGGGAAGCUAAAAAAGGACGAAAAGGCGAUAUUCUCUUUUUAGGAUAAGUUCUUACAAGACAGCAAGGUUUUUUGAAAAUGGGCUAUGAAAAAAAUAAAAGUUCACUUUUUUACAUUUCUGAUCUCGUACUUUCUCAUUCUUCUCCAAACAGUCAUUAAGGAAUUUUUUCGGUCCCAUAUUUCUUUUUAUCAGAUCUCAAUAUUCCAUAAUCCAUAAUACUAACACAAGUCUGUGACAGUUUUACGUGUCUUUUCUGAAUGUCCUCAAAGUCCUAACCGUUUUUUGGGUGUGUUUAAGAACAAGAUUGGAUGUUGAACCAAAAUCGGCGUGACCAAGUUUCCACGGCACUUGGUAGGUUUCCCUUUGCUUAAAAUUUGGAUAAAGCCCAUGUGAUUGGCGCCAAGAAGUGUUAUUUGGCGCCGCGCCAACUUCUCGUUCGUCUUUGUUCCUUUUUUAUUCAUUUUUUUCUUGUCCCGUUGUGAAAGUCGAUCUUGUCGCCUUGUCUAUUUUGAAGAAAAAUUGUUUUACAACAUGCUUACGAUGUCAAGAUAUUAGCUAUUUUAAAAUUAUAAGUUUUUUUUGAAGCUUGAGUAGUCAAUUUUAUCCCAUCAUUCAAUACGGCUCAAUGUUGUUGGAAUCUCCCGAGCGAGAGGAAUUUGAGCUGGUUUGAAUGAAAAUGACUGGAAAUUCUGCAGGUGCCGACCGGAUGUCUUCUUUUGGAGAUUUCAUCGCUCUUUCGGAAAAAUGCGAUGAACUGACCGCCAAAAUCAUUAACAGGUGCUGGAAAAAGUUGAGGACCUUGAAAUAUGUCGAUUUUCUCAGAGAAGUUUCCGACGGGGUUCUCGCGCCGGACUUCGACGCAGCCGCCCUUUCUCUGCUGGCUAAGAAGAAAAAUGGGAAUUAUUGUAUCCUCAAGGUUUAUUAAUUGAAUCAUCAUGAUAAUAUGCUGAUUUUUUUCCUGAUAAAUCUAAGUUUCGAUCUUCCCUCUGAAGUUUUUUAUAGAAGCUAGAAGACGCCUAACAGCCUUUUUGUGAUGGGCUCAAAAAUGUUUUGAAAAAAAGGCUCGCAGAGAGAGUGAGUGAGAGAGUAGCCGUAAAUUGAAAUUGAAAUUUCCAUUUUUCACUUUGAACUCCAAUGUUUCCUUGGACCUUGGAAACCGGGCCCGGCGUUUCUGAGCAUUCCUAGUGACCACUUUAGCGACGUUUGCACCUUUAAGAGAUCCCUAGGAAUUUACAGAAACUUCUAGAGACCGCCCGGUUCCCGUUAACGAGGUUCGAGUCAUAAAUCAUUUGGAGAAACGUUCAAUGAAUGCUUUGCUCCUUCAAAAACCAAAAAAGAAAGUUUUGAACAUCUUCACAUGAAAACCCCAUCUACAAUGGCCUUCCAGAUCAACCCACACUACAUGCCGUCUGAAACCGAAGAACGGACGGUCUUUGGACUGAGACUUCGACAGAAACGGAACAACGCCGUCGUCAACAGCGACACGUUCAAGAACGUCGUCAGCAAGGCCAACUAUGUCAGAUUUUGGAAUCUCCGACUUUUGAAGGUGGCGCUUUUACAGCUGACGAAGCAGGCCAUCGAUGACCUGAUCGUCGCCACUAUUGCCCUAAAGUACGCUCAGUCGAACAGCGUCUGCUUUGCUCAGCGAGGCCAGGUGAGAAAGCAAAGAGUUUCGCUAAUCUUCCGAAAUCUUCUGAGAAACAUUUUUCAUCUUGAGCGCUUGAUGCUGAUGGAAACAUAGAGAAACGAUCGUUAGUUAUAAAUAAAAACUUAGAAACAUAAAAAUCAUCAUUCAUUUACCGAAAAAGAAUUCUAAAAGUUUCAAUCUGCACAAGUUACUAGUUUUCGAAAAAUAAAAGUUCAAAGCUCCAAAAUGGCCCAUUUCAACGGAUUUUUAGUGUUUUCUUCGACUUUAAGGUGUCCUUUCUCGGAAACUAGCGAUUUUCGCAGGUUGAGACUUUCAGAAUCAUCACCUGGUACAUCAUAGAGACUCUGGCCCAUUUUCAUGAGAAUUCCAAAUGCAAAGUAAAAUAACUUGCCUUGCAAGAUGUUUGCUUAUAGGUCAUCGGUAUGGGCGCUGGACAACAGUCGCGGAUUCACUGCACCAGAUUGGCCGGCGAUAAAGCUUGCAAUUGGUCAGUUUUCUCAACAGUUCAAGUAUAUACUUUAUUGCGAAGACUUCAACAUCAUAUGUGA